AUGUCGCCUCAAUCACCGGCUAUCGUCCCUUCGUCUGGUCAAUCAGAGUCUCCUUCUGACAAUGGCAGCGUUAAAGCGAAAGACACGGUAGAUAACGGAUAUACCAACGAUUCUGUGCCUCCCACAGCACCAGCAUUGGCAGCACAACAGGGUCAACGAAUGGAAGGAGCAAUGGGUGACGCUAUUCUUCGAUUUCUCCGAAUCAGAAAAACUCGAAAGGACCUUGUCUACGAUCUCGAUGCGAUCGCUACGCAGCCAAGUAUUUGGGACUCGCCAGACCUUGAGCGAUACAAAGAACUCUAUAUCCACCCACAGUGGGAGAAUUGGUCCGCGUUCGAUCCCAACUUCCGUUGGACCUGGCGGGAAGAGAAUGAAGUGCGACGCAAGGUUGACUGGAAGAUUAUGAUCUGGGUAUGUGUCAUGUUUGCAGCCUUGAACAUCGACAGGAACAACAUUCAGAACGCUGUAUCCGACAACAUGCUUGAUGAUUUAGGUAUCACGCAAGCUGACUAUAACAUUGGGCAAACCAUCUCUCGUGUCGGCUUUCUCGUGGCCGAGUUACCUUCCCAGCUGAUUUCCAAACGCUCACGCCUUAUCAGCAUUGGUCCAGAUAUGUGGAUCCCAAUCCAGCUUUGCAUCUUCAGUCUUAUCUCAGCCAUGCAAUUCUUCUUAAAGGGCCGUGCAUCCUUUCUUGCCACCCGCUACUUGAUUGCCACUUUUCAAGGUGGUUUCAUUCCGUACGUCACUUCUUUGCAUGAAGCAUCUGUCGCAUAUCUAACAAGCCCCAGCGACACAAUUCUCUACCUCAGUUACUGGUACACUGGCACAAGACUCCCAAUCCGGCUGGCCUGGUUCUGGAUGUCAUCUCAACUUGUGGAUAUAGGCGUUGGUUUUGCGGCCGUCGGCCUGUUGUCUAUGCGAGGAAUGCUUGGAUAUGAAGGCUGGAGAUGGCUGUUCCUUAUUGAGGGUGCCUUCACGUUCCUGAUCGGAAUUGCAUCCUUCUUUUUGAUGCCUCAGUCACCUGCCAGGACCACGAGCUUAUGGUGCCCCAAGGGUUACUUUAACAAAAAGGAACAAAAAAUCAUUGUCAACUCCGUUAUUCGAGAUGACCCUCAAAAAGGAGGCAUGUACAACAGGCAAGGUUUAUCAAUCCGACAAAUCUGGGAGUGCACCAAAGACUACGACAUGUGGCCUCUGUAUGCUCUCGGCUUGCUCUUUGGGCUGCCCAAGUAUCCCGUUAACCAAUACCUCACGCUAUCCUUCCGUGGUCUCGGCUUCAACGUCAUCGAAUCCAACCUGUUGUCGAUCCCGUACAUUGUUGGGUCCUGUAUCACGAUGCUGGCCAUCACAGCCUUCAGUGAACUUGUUAAUAACCGAAGCUUUGUGUCUAUGGCGGAGGAUGCAUGGUUACUUCCGUGCUUCGUAGCACUGAUCGCCCUGCCAGAUCCAAUUGGGCCUUGGGCUUACUUCGCAAUUUCCACUGUUCUGCUGUCAUUCCCCUAUACUCACCCGAUUCAAGUCGCUUGGACCAGUAGAAAUGCUGGGUCAGUGCAGAACAGGACAGUAUCUGCAUCUCUUUACAACAUGUGGGUUCAAGUCAGUGGAAUGAUAGGGGCCAAUAUCUAUCAGCCUGAUGAUUCUCCCCGGUACUUUAAAGCAAACAAGGGCCUACUUGUUAUUUGCAUCUGGAUGUGUGUAAGUAUUUUCACUUCCGCUAGUGCGUACCGCGCGAGAAAAAGUCUCACAUCAUAUCAGCUUGUCCAAUACCCAGGUACAUUCUUCUACUACAGGUGGCGGAACUACCAAAAGGCCAAGAAAUGGGACGCCAUGACGCCAGACGAGCAACACCAGUACAGGACAACCACUUCCGAUCAAGGCAACAAGCGGCUUGACUUUCGCUUUGCUACCUGA